CGCUACACGAGAAUGAAAUUGCCGAAGCUCUACUACGUCGAAUAAGUUUUUUCCACCUCUCCCAUGGUUUGGUAUGAGUUUGCUUCUGCUUCUUUUUCCAUCAGCAUUUCUGUUACUCUUUGCUCUCUCUUUUAUUGAGUUUUUGGAUGGGGCUCGUAGUUGUAAGAUCUCCUAUGAGUUGCCGGUUCUUUUUGGUGGAAGAGGAGCGUUGGGCAACGGCGCUCUCUCGGUGAAUCUUCUUUCAACCUUUUUAAGUCGCUUUCUGGUCCUAUUCGUACGAUCAAACAGAGUUGGGCGAGCCUAGUCCUAAAUUGGGCCCCUGAAAUCGCUGUAUCCACAGCCUAAUUAGGCGAGCCUAGUCCUAAAUGGGCUUUUGAGUGCACUAAUCUCAAAUUAUUCUCUUGCCUUGAUAGCUGCAGGAGCAGUUUGGUCCGUCCGUCCCUGGAUUUCUGGCUUUUUUUUUUUUUUUUUUUUUUUUGGGUAGAUUCUCGAAUUAACAUCUGAUACAGUUGAUUUUAAGCUUUUAGUUCUGGAAGGAUGAGUCUGAAGUUUUACAAGAGUUAGUUUUUAGUUUAGAAAUUGAUGACAUUUUCUUUUUGUAAAGAGCCAAUUCCCCGGAAGAUUCACUUGUCUGAACUUUCAAUUUCUUACCAUCUGGUUCUUGUUCUCUGCUACAUAAAAGGGCAUUUUUUUUUCUCCUGGGUAUCAGUUGUCUGACCUUUUCACAUGUUCAUCCUACCGGCGGCCUGAUUAAAUGUUGCGCGAAUUAGGAUCCCUCCCCUGUUGCCUGAGCUUAUCUCAGCAGCAGCCUAGCCGUUCGAAUUAUCUUCCCAGACGCGCAAUUGCUUUGAGAGACAUAAGGAAGCCUCGCAAUCGCAUCACGCGGCCUCAGAUUUUGCCUUCCACUUUUGGAGAUUCUUUUGGGUUCCGGGUUUUUGUAGUUUCUGACUUGCACUCUGACUACCCAGAGAACCUCAAAUGGGUCAAGAGCUUGUCAUGUAAGAGGCACAAGAGAGAUAUUCUUCUCGUUGCUGGUGAUGUUGCUGAGACAUGCAACAACUUUUUCUCCACUAUGUCCCUUUUGAAGGAGAGAUUUCAACACGUCUUCUUUGUACCUGGAAAUCAUGAUCUCUGGUGUCGUUGGGAGCAAGAUUAUUGUCUUGAUUCUCUUGAAAAGUUGAAUAAAUUGCUUGAUGCAUGUAGACAACUUGGAGUUGAGACUAAACCAAUGGCUAUUGAGGGCUUGGGAAUCAUACCUUUGUUUUCUUGGUACCAUGAGAGUUUUGAUAGAGAGCAGGACAUCACUGGCAUCAGAAUUCCGUCUUUAGAGAUGGCAUGCAAGGAUUUUCGUGCAUGCAAGUGGCCACAGGAACUUUCGAGCAGAGAUACCUCCCUUGCUCUCUAUUUUGAUGCAAUGAAUGAAGAAAAUGAGGAUGAAAUCAUGGUUAUCCAGAAGACUUGUUGCCAAGUAAUCACAUUCUCACACUUUGUUCCCAGGCAAGAGCUCUGUCCAGAGAAGAGAAUGCUAUUCUAUCCAAACCUCCCAAAAGUCAUUGGUUCUGAUUAUCUUGAGGCUCGCAUAAGAUCAAUACAUGGAACCAAGGGGAAUGCAUCUGCAUGCCAUGUGUUUGGCCAUACCCAUUUUUGCUGGGAUGCUAUGCUGGAUGGUAUCAGGUAUGUACAGGCACCACUGGCAUACCCCAGGGAAAGGAAGAGGAGGAUGAACGGGGGUGAAGCCUGGCUGCCAUUUUGUAUCUAUUCUGAUGGGAACUUGACUGAUAGACUCUCACCUUGUUAUUGGUCUGAUUAUUAUGCAGCCAAUCCGAGAGCACCUAUAACACUGAACUCGCUCCGUGGGUUGCCAGAUUCUAUAACCGAUUAUAACAACUCGGAUUUUAUCUCUGGCAGGUUUUUCUCGCUCCAUUUGUCAAUUGAUGCGUCCAACCGUUGAGCAGCUGCAGUGUAUAUUCACCACGUCUCGGUGUAGCAGCGUACACGAGUUGACAUUGGCAUGAAUACUAGUGCAAACAAAGCCAAAUUAGAAAUUAUCCCCUUCUCGGCUCACUUUAAGAUGCGAUUUGGGCAUGAUCAGAAUAUUUCUGAGCACUAUCCUGCAUUUAGUUAUGUUUUGUCAUGCUUGAAAUCUCCUCAUGGACAACGUAUUUUAUUAGAGAGACUGUAUUCUAGAAACUGAAAAAAAUAUGGGAAGCACGAAGAAAGUAAACGGAGUCGGGGCAUACUUUUUUAUUUUUCA